CUUUGCUAUUGUUCACCUGAGUCGGUAGACACAUCCGUGCACGUACGCUUACGCAUGCACACAAAACACUAGUCAAUAACUAUAAACAUACACCCAUAUUUGACCAUUCAAUACUCUUUUUGCGGGAAUAGACCUUUUGCUUUAAAAACCCCACCAUUGAAUAGCUGCCUUUUUUCUUUCUUAUCAAUUUACUUUAAGCUACUAUCAUUCGCAUCCUAAGUUCACUUAAUCGUUAUCAAUCAGCACCGUCACCUCAACCACACUCCUUUCAUCUUUCCUAAGCCCACUCACUCGUUCAUUUUUAUUACCGUCUCUUUGACAUCCCUUAUACAACCGCCACUCUCUAUUUUAAUAUAAUUACUGAUACUACUAUGAAAGCCGAUCAACGUGGUACUACCAAUGGUGCAGCUGGAUCUGCAUCUUCCUAUAUUGAUAUCAACAAGAUGACCAUGUUAGGAUUCAGCCAAACCCAAAUCGAGGACAUGGUCCAGCUGGCAUUGACUGUGUCCCCCUCGCAACGACGCCGGCGUCCCCGUAUCCGCAAACGCGAUCCUACUCGUGUCCCUCGUCCCAUGAACUGUUUUUUGGCCUAUCGUCUCGAGAAGCAGAAGCAAAUUGCAGCGAUAUGCCCGGGUACAAACCACCGUGAAAUUUCGAAGGUCGUGGCCAAGUGGUGGAGCGAAGAGCCGGAAGUCGAAAAGCAAAAGUAUCGUGAUCUUGCUGAGCAGGACAAGCGAAUUCAUAAAGAAAAGUAUCCCGGCUAUAAGUACGCGCCAAAGAAAAAGCGUCAGCGUCCUGCCACCGAUAUCAGCAGCAGAACCAACAAGUUUUGUAGAACCGGCAACAGCGAAAAGAAAGAGAAUUCCGUCGCCGUUGACUGCAAAACCGUCAAAAUGGAACCGUUGCCAUCGCCAGUAAAUGAAGUUGCCGUGACAGCAACAGGGUUGGCCAUGACGACGAGCGACCUACAACAAGGAGCGCAGCAGCAAAACGCCUGCUAUUAUAACACCUCUCCAGUAAACCAGCUCUCUUAUCCUUCUGAGUUCCCAUGGUUCAGGCCUACUGGUGAGGUCGUCCUUCCGGCACUCGCGGAUCAUUCGGCAGCAAUGAUUCCUACGACAUCUUAUGAGCACAACAGCAACCUGACCCAAGAUAUUCUCUAUGAUCCGAGCCAUGAAAGCAGCUUUAGCAACGACAGCUAUCACGCCUAUACUGCAGCAUAUCGCAUUACCGCCACCGGAUCCGCGUUUUGGGCCGCUCCUGUUAAUGCUACCUUUACUCCACCCAUGCAGCACCAGCAAUCGGAAAUCUCGUGGGUCAGCAGCAGCUACAACAACAACAACACUCCGCCAUCGUCACUUAUCACUACACCAUCCACUGUCGAACUAUCACCCAUCUAUGAGCCUACGUCUUCUGGAUUCGACGUGGAAGCCACUGUUCCUCGUUGGGACGACAUUGUCAAAUCCGCUUUCUCGCACUACAGCCAGCCCGAACAACAACACGAUCAUCAACAACAGCUUGUCGAAGAACAUCAUUUGAAGGAUCUGUAUCAGCUUGACCAUCAGUCAUCCUACAAUCCGACACCAUUCGCAGACCUCAAUGAGCCGCUCUAUGCAGACACAGCAAGUGGAAUAUCGCAUGAUAUCUCCUUGUUGGAUGCACUUCAUACUAUAGAAACCAUCGCCCCAUCUCAAAUUCACCUUGAUAGCAACGCUUGUACAGAUUAAAGCUACUUAUUAGCAUACACCACUAUUAACGACAUUUGAAACUUUAUGUUUGUACACUAAAAAAUAAAAGCACUAGGCUUUAUAGGCCCUAUUUUUGUUUGAACAGUAUAUCAUCAUGCAAAGUGCUGCAAAAUCACUGCUGCGCUAUGAUACCAACAUUACCGAUGAUCAUCGAUCUUCAUUUAAUCAUCGAAAAGAAAUUGCAUAUAAGCAUUGCCAAAACCAUAAAGAAAGACUGGAUUUGCAUAGACAUCUCCCUUGAGGACAUGGUAGUCAGUCACCUUUAUAAUAUUGAUACCCCGAGAACUAUCCCUCCAAUAAAAUCUGAAUACAAGAAAGAGC